CAAAUGUCAUAGCAUUUGCUACUUCCAAUUCUAAAAAGGACAACCUCUUCAUCAGUUUACGGUCUUUUUGUUGGUUUGCUUUAUCACCUUUAUCGACACAUUAUAAUUAUUCUAUGUCCCUAUAUUCACCAUCAACACAAUAAAAAAGCAAACCAAGAAAAUUAAAAACCAUUCUUUUGACUACAUCCUACUUGUUCUUAUUCUAACUAGACUAGAAAUAGCAAAGCCAUUUUUUUGCUUAUCAUCUUUGUUCCUCUUCUUCUUCUUGAAAUGACUGCUAAAACUUUCAUUCUUUUGUCUGAUAUCUCAGGUUAAUAAAGAGAUUAAUUUAAGGUGACCCUUAUUGUCAUUUCACUUGAGGAGUGAUAAAAUUUCAAUCUUUGUCAAAUAUCAGUUAAAACCCAAAGGCUAUAUGCAACAGUGCUAAUUUUUGGUCAUGGCGCAACAGGAAGAAGGAUGGCCUUUGGGAUUGCAGCCAUUAAAUUUGAGAAUAGGUUUGGGUAAUAGAAGCAGAGAUGGAUCAACUUCAUUCAACACUUCACUUAGUGACUCUCUUACUUCCUCCACAGAUUCUUCCUCAGAUUUGGACACUGAGUCCACAGGGUCUUUUUUCCAUGAUAGGAGCACAACACUUGGAAGUCUUAUUGGUAUUAACAGCAUAAUUAAUCUCUCAAGAAGAUCAACAAGGGGAAUUAGACCAAAUGGUGUAAUGACAGAGGUCCAAAGAAACAACUACAGGUCUAAAACAACAGCAUGGUGUUUCUCUUUGUGUCCAAGAAACAGCACAGAUGCUAAGAAUGUAAUGAUGAUAAGGAACAGUGACAGUAAUGCUCCAUCACUUGGUCAUUUUCUUGCAGUUGAAAGAAGAGCUGCUAAUGAACAUAAUAGAAGAAGCCACCACCAUAGUCCUUUGAUAUAUGGACCUGAUGAAUUUGCUAUGGCAUUGCCUAAUAGAGACCAGAAUUCAUUGUUUGCCAAUGGCCAAAUUGCUCCACCUCAGUUGAGUCCAUGGUCAUCAGGUUCUGAUGAUAUUGAAAAUAGACAGAGGGCCAACAGAGAGUUAGAUCAGGAUGCACAUGGACAAGGUGCUCCACUUUUGUUUCCAUGCAUGUGUGGAUGAUAUCUUAUAGAGUUUGAGGCUUUGGUACAACUUGAGGCUUUGGUACAACUCUGUGUAUUACCUGAUUCUUGUUUCUAAUUUGGUUUUCUUGAUUCGAGGACUAAAGCAGCAUAUUUUUGGACCUCCUUGUGAUUUACUUGAUCGUCAAGGAGAGUUAAUAGCAGUUCUGAUUGAUCACGAUGGUCAACUUCUUUUGA